GGGAUAUGUAUUGUCAUGUGACCCAUUCUCAGCCAUCUUGUGGAAACGGAGAGAGAGCCACACACAACUCGAAUACAAAUAAACCCUGUGCUGUCAGUAAAAGCAGAGAAGUUCUAGGAAGAAUGGCAGAAACUCAGACACUCAACUUCGGACCAGAAUGGCUCCGGGCCCUGUCUGGCGGUGGCCAUGGGGGUGGUAGCAGCAGUAGCGUUGCCACCUCGCCACCUCUCUCACCUGCAAUGCCAAAGUAUAAACUUGCAGACUACCGCUACGGGAGAGAAGAAAUGCUAGCACUUUAUGUUAAGGAUAGGGAGAUCCCUGUAGACCUGCACGAUAAGGAUUUUCUGCCCAUUUUACAAGAGGAGCCCCUGCCACCACUGGCACUUGUAGCAUUUACAGAGGAAGAGCAGAGAAAUUUUUCUAUGUCUGUAAACAGUGCAGCUGUGCUCAGGCUGAUGGGGAGAGGAGGGGGUCCUGUUGGGCCAGGGGCGCCGAGGGGUCGAAGUACCUCACGGGGUCGAGGUCGGGGUAGAGGAGACGGAGGGUUUUACCAAAGAAGUUUUGAUGACGUGGAAGGAGGCUUUGGACGCGGGGGCAGGGAGAUGCACCGCUCCCAGAGCUGGGAGGAGAGGGGAGACCGAAGGUUUGAAAAGCCAGGUCGAAAAGAGCCAGAAGUUGCUCCUACCCACUUCCUGAUGAAUCAUAUUCGUGCUAACUACGAGGAGGUUGGGACCAGUGUGGGGGGCCUGCCAGUGAGGAAGCAUGACUUCACGCGUUCGGAGAGUGAGAACUGGCGCACAUCCCGGGAUGAAGUGAAUGGUGAGGAUGGUGAAGAGGGGGGUUGGCGCCUGGCUGGCGCCUUGGCAUGUGCCUUGCGACGGGACAGCGACCGGUGGUGCCCCCCGAGUCCAGACGGGCCGCGGUCGGCAGGGUGGCGAGAGGCCCACCCAGGGGAGCAGCCGCGGCAGCGCAGGCUCCCUUUCGAUGCCAGGGAGGACGAGCGCGGCUACAGGCAUCCCCCAUCGGCCAGCGGCAGCCUGGAGGAGGAUGGAGGGGGCAGCCUGCCAGAAUGGUGUCUGGAGGACGCUGAAGAGGAGACGGGCACCUUCGACUCUUCUGGAGCCUUCCUUUCGCUCAAGAAAGCUCCCAAGGAGCCCAUCCUGGAGGAGGCAGAGCUGGACUUCAGACCCCUGGAGGAAUGUGACGAGGGUCUGGAGGAGGACGGACACCCCCGGGAGACCAAAGACACAGACGGAGAGGCCAGGAGAGAGCCCAUCAGAAAACAGGGUGACCAGCCCGAUAGAGUAGAGGACCCUGAGGGGCCAUUGGAGAAGCCACUUGAGCGACCCCCUGCCCCGGAACACAGGCCAGAGGGCAACAAAGUCCCCCUGCACACCCCCAUGUCCAACACAAUGCUGGACUCUCUCUCCAUCCCCCACACUGUUGCACACACUCUCACAGUGUCGGCCCCGUCGUCCACCAUCCAGAUGCAGCAGAAGCCCCUGGAUGUUCCCGUGGCCGUGCCCGCUCCGCUGCCCUUCAGUGCUAGCCUCAGGCCCCAGAGCACAUCUAUCAUGGCUGCUAACAAUAUGGCCACCAGCACGGGCCUCAUGGCGCCCAUUGGAAGGCCCACGGCCAUGCCACCACACCACACUAUGGAUGAAGAUGAGGGACUGAAGCACUUUGAACAGGAGGCAGAGAAGAUGGUGGCGUAUCUACAGGACGGUGAUGACCGGCUGGCUGCCAAGAGCUCAGCUACCAAACCAGCCGGCCUGCCACUCACACAUGAGGCUGCUCUGAAGUGGUUUUAUAAAGACCCUCAGGGAGAGAUACAGGGUCCGUUCAGUAACCCGGAGAUGACAGAGUGGUUCCAGGCGGGCUACUUCACCAUGACCCUGCUGGUGAAGAGAGGCUGUGACGAGGUCUUCCAGCCCCUGGGUGAGAUCAUCAAGAUGUGGGGCAGGGUGCCCUUCGCCCCCGGCCCAGCACCGCCACCCCUACUGGGUGAUGCCGGGGACCAGGAGCGUCUGAAGCGGCAGCAGGAGCUGACGGCCCUCAACCUGUACCAGCUGCAGCAGCUGCAGUACCAGUACCUGUUGAGGCAGCAGUACGCCCAAGCCCUGGCCCAGCAGAAAGCCCAGGCCCUCAGCUCAGCACCACACCAGCAGCAGCAGCAACAGCAGCAGCAGAUCAACCUGCUCCUCCAGCAAUACCAGGCCCUCAAGAUGAGGUCAGCAGAAAACACAACAUCUGAGUCUCUCUUACCUCCUGUGACUCGGUCCAUGUCUGUACCAGAAUCCCAGGGUUCUGUGUGGGAAAUGCAGAACACCUCUCAGGCCUCCUGCACAUCAAACAUCCAGCAACCCACACCCAGUGCGUGGGAGGGCAGCAGUGUGUGGGAUCUGCCCAUAGACUCCAUGGCCCAGGCCCCCACCAUAGAACAGAUGCAAAACCUGGAGAAGAAUAAGGCUGCUAAGCUGGAGCUGGAGCGGGGUGAGGCAGAGCUGAGUGCCAAGAGGGAGGAGGAGGAACACAAACGCCAGGAGGAGGAGCAGCUAGCACGUCAGAAACAGGAGGAGGCAUUGAAGAGGCAGCGGAAGCAGCAGCAGGAGGAGGCACAGCGCCAACAGAAAGAGGAGGAAGAGGAACGGCAUGCUCAGGAGGAGGCCCUCCGCAGACUGGAGGAGAGGAGGAGGGAGGAGGAGGAGGAGAGGAAGCAAAGGGAAGAGUUCCUCCGCAAACAGGAAGAGGAGCGCCGAAAGCAGGAGGAGCUGGAGGCCCUGAGGAGGCAUGAGGAAGAGAAGCGGCAAGAGGAGGAGGAGGCAGCGGCUGCGGUGGCUUUGGUACGGCAACAGCAGGAGGAGGCGAAAAGGAGGGAGCAGGAGGCGGCGAGGCAGCAGGAGCUAGCCAGACAGAGGCAGCAGCAGCAGGAGGCACUCCGCCGACUACAGCAGCAACAGCAGCUAGCCCAGAUGAAGCUGCCGUCUUCCUCUAAGUGGGGCCAGCAGUCAGCAGUCACGGCAGCAGCCAUCUCUCAGUCCCAGAACGCGCUGUCGCUCGCUGAGAUCCAGAAAGUGGAAGAGGAGAGAGAACGACAGGCACGAGAGGAGCAGCGGCGUCAGCAGGCGGAGCACCUGAAGCUCCUGCAGCAGCAGGCCCUGCAGGAGGCCCGGAAUCCCCAGGCCAAGCUCUCUGGCUGGGGAAGCGUGGCCAAGCAGCCGGCCACGACAAAGUCCCUGCUGGAGAUCCAGAGAGAGGAGGCCCAGCAGGUGAAGCAGAGGAAGGAGCAGGGGGCUGGGGGCCAGCAGUCCAGUCACCCCACAGUCACCCAGCAGAACCGUGCACAGAACAGAGCUACCACCGCUCUGAGCCCCUCAGUGUGGGGCUCGGUGGCCACCAGCGGCGGGGCUCCUAACUGGGGCGGUGACAGCAGCAUCUGGGGCGACAGCACCAACUCCAACAUGGGCUUCUGGGAGGAGGAGGUGGCCCAGGCACCACCCCCCGCCAGGAAGCCCAACGCUCAGAAGAACAACAAGGGCAACGCCAACCUCAGCAGUCGGGCCAAUAAGAAGGUGGAGGAGGAGGAGAAGCUGCUGAAGUUGUUCCAGGGGGUUAAUAAGAGACAGCAGGAUGGCUUCAUGCAGUGGUGUGAGAAGACCCUGCACACCCUCAACACUGCCAACAACCUGGAUGUCCCAACAUUUGCAUCCUUCCUGAAGGAGGUGGACAGUCCGUACGAGGUGCACGACUACGUGCGCGCCUACCUGGGGGACACGUCCGAGGCCAAGGAGUUUGCCAAACAGUUCCUGGAGCGCCGUGCCAAGCAGAAUGCCAACCAACAGAAAGCGCCCCCGGCCCCGCAGAACCAGCAACCAACACUAAAACAGCAACAGCAGGAUUCAAUGUGGGGUGUAAGCGGGACAGGCUCUCCUCUGUACCAGUCAAACCACACCAGCCUCCAGCAGCAGGCACGCUUUGAGACCGUCACCUCAGGGAAGAAGAAGAAAAAGCAGAAGAUGGUCCGGGCAGACCCCAGCCUGCUAGGUUUUUCUGUGAACGCGGCAUCUGAGAGGUUGAAUAUGGGUGAGAUCGAGACGGUGGAGGACUUUUAAAGGGACUGCUCUGCUGCCAACCCCACUGACCAUAUCGUUCUGAACAGCUGCCAUUGUACCCCCUACAACCACCACCUUCACACCCCAAUGUCCCUUUCCUUUUGUGAACAGCAUCCUCUUUCCGUUCUGUUUUGUACUUUAAUUUAACAGUUGUCAUUGGAAGCUGGGGACGCUUUCCAGUGCUAGAGGACCCCUCAAAAACAUCCCUAAUGAGUAUUUUUUCCCUAUGUGAGACAGGGAGAAGGCUAACGAAGCAGCCAAACAAUCAAACGGAACCAUAAAAACCAACCAAGCAUUGAAUCGAACAACAAAUCAAUCAAUGUAAAGGCCUAAUCUGACUUCUCCCAAAGAAAAGAGCUGAGGGCAGGACAUGGAUGUCUCUCCCUGUCUGUGGUCGGUUGUUCAGUCCCCUCCUAGUAUCUUGUCUGAAAGUAUGCAGAAGAGAGAAGUUACCUGAUGCAAUCUUCUCCCCAUGAAGUUGAACGCAUUGGGGGGGAUAGAACUUUUUUCUGUUUUGUUAUUUUUAUUUAUUGAAUGUUUUUCUCCCCCUCUUUUCUCCUCCUUCCUUCACUCCUGUUUGUGGAUGGUGGUGGUAUUGUAGGAGCCAAGGAUGUGUGUGCCCACUGAUGUCCUGUUUUAAGGAUAUGUUUGACCGUUCCAAGUAGUUAUCCAUUUCUUGUAAAAUACUAGGCUGUUUAAAGAAUAACCUUUCAAUUCUGCAUCUGUAUUAUAAUAUAUGAAAAUGAUGAACUACUGGAGUCAUACUUUUCUAUUGCGGUAUGAAAUAAAACAGUCUCUUGUGUGGGCUGUUCACACCUCU